CAGAUUCGCCGCAGAGGAUAUACGUCAGGAGCCAAGACUUCCCCGCAGAGGUUGGUCAUGGUUGCCAUUCUCUGCAGCAGAUCAAGGAAUACGACCGUCAUAAUUUUGGUUAUACCUUCCGCUACAUGAUAGCAUCAAAGCCGCCAAUCAUUUUGACAUACAACGGGACUCUCAAUACAUCCAAAACUGGUUCGCACUUGAGGGCAAAUGCGCUGACUUACAAGUUCUGCGAAGGGUGCGCCGUCACUCUCCACAAGGUGAUGUAUCUGGAUACAAAGGGUGGCUGUAUAAUCUUAGUACAGGACAUCGGAGAUGGCAAAAAGGGAUGCCAGCUCCUGCGUACAGAACUGACUAUUGAAACGGAAGUGCCAAAGGAAUGCUAUAAAGUGUAUAAGGAGAACUGCAAAGGCGAUGUGCUAAAAAUGUAUGAGAAGAAGUGCAAACAUUAUAACCAGGUUCUAAUACCGCGUACUUUGUAAACACACUUUAUAUGUAUAGCUUACCACACUGCACGCUUUGACAUGUACUAAA